GAGGAGGUGCAGGGAGGUGAUUCUACUUCAGCAUGUGUGUGUGUGUGUGUGUGUGUGUAUGAGUACAUACUGAGAAGGGAUCACUAGUAAGUUAGGGAGCAGAGAGAAUGAUAAUGGGUUGACCUUUGGAAAGCGUCUCACCUAUAAAAAAAACCCCCUAAAAACCUGCAGAACAUGGAAUCUAAAAAGGUCCUCCAUUUUGUGCCAUCUGAUGCUCCGUCCACUGGGAGGUCCAAGAAUGGAUACGUUUUCCAAGAGAUGGAGCUGCAGGAUGGGGAGCAGGAGGAUUCUGGGCAAAAUUCCCCCGUUGCCUCUCACAAGGACCACGUCUACGAAAACCCGAUCAAGAUCAGUGUGUCGGAUCUCGAGGGGCCUGCAUUUGGACUUUUAAAUACGACAAGAAAAUGUGUGAAGCCGAUGAACUUCCAGGAGGAAGUGCGUGCCCACAGGGACCUGGACAGCUUCCUGGCCCAGGCGAGCAUCAUUUUGGAUGAGAAGGCUGCCACCCUGGACGAGGUCCUGCGGCGAAUGUUGACCCACGUGGUGAACGAGGGCCUCGGGAGAUGUGAUGUGGACGAGGUCAUGAACUCGCUGUUCACUGAUGCCGGAGGAAAGGAGUUUAACGUUCACCUCCUGUCAGAGACCAUUCAGGGCGUGACUGCUACUUCCACCGGCGUUCGAUACCAGCAGUCCUGGCUUUGCAUUCUCUCCAACGUGCGGAGCCUGCAGAGGCGCCACGUGUGUGUGACCCGACUGGAGAGGCCGCAGAACUGGGGAGUCAACUGCUGCGAGGCUCGCUACGUCAUCCUCAUCCUGGCCCCUCCGAGAACGAAAAGCACCAAGACGGCCAUUGAACUGGGUCGAACAUUUGCCACAAUGUUCUCUGACAUUUCCUUCAGACAGAAGCUUCUGGAGGCCCAGACCCAGGAGGAGUUCAAACAGGAGCUGGUCUGCCAGCGCCAGCAGCUCUCUGUCGCCAGCGACAAGCCGGUCGCGGAGGAAGCGGAGGACUCAGAUCCACGUCGAGGGAAAACACUUCAGUGCAGAGAUUUCUUCAAAGCUGGUAAAGGUGUUUACGAUGACCUCCGUCGCAGACUCCCCCUCUACCCCUCAGACUUCACAGACGGAAUCACCGGGAAGGACCGCUCCCUGCUGAAGUACACCACCACCGCUAUCUUUCUCUACAUUGCCAUUCUACUGCCGGCCAUCGCCUUCGGCUCACUGAACGAUGAGAGCACAAGAGGCGAGAUAGAUGUCCAGAAGACCAUUGUGGGCCAGAGCAUCGGAGGAGUUAUCUACGCUUUGUUUGCCGGCUCGCCGCUCGUCAUUCCGCUGACCACUGCGCCACUGGCCAUUUUCAUAAGUGUCAUCCGGGGCAUCUGCGACGACUACAACCUCGACUUUGAUGCGUUCUACGCCUGCAUCGGUUUAUGGAACAGUUUCUUCCUCAUCCUCGGAGGCUUGUUCAAUGUCAGCCUGGUGAUGAAACUCUUCAAACGCUCAACAGAAGAAGUCAUUGCAUUGUUCAUCUCCAUAGCGUUUGUCGGGGAUGCAGUGAAAGGCACCGUCAAAAUUUUCAAACACUACUACCACGGCCCCACACUGGCGACCACGAACAGCACGCUGGUGCUCCAGCAGAUUCAGGAGAUUCUGGAGAGGACAAAGAACCAGACGGGCAACACGCUCGGCCAUCAAAAUGAGACUGGUUCGCUGUUGGGCCACGACGAAGGACACGCGUCCGUCUUCCUGCCAGAGUCUUUGGUGUUGUGCGCCAGAGAGAGGCCCAUCCUCUGCCUGCUGCUCAUGCUGGGGACUCUGUGGCUGGGUUACGCCCUCUAUCUCAUCAAGAGGAGCCCGUAUCUGAAUCACAAGAUCAGAGAGGUGGUGUCUGACUGCGCGUUGCCUAUCUCUGUGGUGAUAUGCUCCUUUAUUGGCUCCUACCUUUUCCUCGACAUACAGCUCCCCGUGUUCAGUGUCCACGACGGCCCGAUCUUCAGAUACCCUCCGUUUGAAAAGCUGACGGGAAUGAACGUACUGAGCGCGGUCGGGCUGGGUUUUCUCCUCGCGCUGCUCAUCUUUAUCGACCAGAACAUCGUCAUCUCACUCACACACGUGCCAGAGCACAAGUUGCUGAAAGGUACAGCCUUCCACUGGGACUUAGUGCUGACUGGCUUCAUCAACAUCCUCAUGUCCUGUCUGGGGUUGCCAUGGAUGCACGCUGCCUUCCCACAUUCCUCCCUACACGCCCGUCAGCUGGCCAAAGUGGAACAGCACGUAGAGAACGGACACCUCUACACGACUAUCGUCAGUGUGAAGGAAACGCGUCUGACCUCGCUGGCUGCCAACAUCCUGAUCGGCCUGUCCGCCUUCAUGCUGCCCAUUCCCCUGCAGUGGAUCCCCAAGCCCGUCCUCUACGGCCUCUUCCUCUACAUCGCAGCCACCUCGCUGGACGGGAACCAGAUGGUGGACCGCAUGGCCCUGCUGCUUAAAGAACAGACGUCGUAUCCUCCCACCCACUACAUCCGCCGGGUGCCUCAGAGGAAGGUCCACUUCUUCACGGGGCUGCAGAUGGUCCAGCUGAUCAUCCUGUGUGCGUUCGGGAUGUAUCCUCUGCCCUACAUGAAGAUGGUCUUCCCGCUCCUCAUGAUCCUCCUUGUGCCCGUCAGGACCAGUCUGCUUCCAAAAUUGAUCGACCCCAAGUAUCUGGAUAUCAUGGACGCCCAGUACAUGUAGGACGACGUGACACCUUCAUGAAACGAACUUAAUGAUUGUGUUGAUACAGUGACUGAACGAAGUGCGUUUGGCCUGCAAGAUUUCAGUGCAAGCACUCUGCCUGGUGACUCGACGACCAUUCACGCCUCUCAUUUCCUGUCUCAUCAGUGUUGCCGAUUUUUAAUAUGUAACAUUCCUGCAUCUUUGUUGCAUUCAAAAAUUUGAGUCAUGAAGGAGUUAGUUCUGUUUUCUUCCCUCCUUUUCACAAACACACAUGACGACUGACAGGUAUUCAGUUAAAGUCAGACAUCUCUCUUUUUCAUAUUUAAAAAAAGGUACACGUGAAUGCUUUAAAUUAAUUCAGGCACCAUGUUUAAAAGAGCCUGCGUCUUACCUGCGUUUAAAGAAGCUUGUUGAUGGUGUGAAUAGAAACGUGGCGAAAUCAGUCCAAGUAAUUCAACCACUCAAAAGUCCUUUAAUCAUUCAACUGGAGUGAAAGAAGUACGUAUUUGUCACAGUUGAAUGUGUCGCCUCACACUGGAAACAUUUAGAUCAUCGACACUAAAGCCCGGUUUCUCAUAAGAUUCAGGUUAUAAUCAUUCAGUUGAGAACAUAACAUGAUGGAGGAUGUUGUUAUGAAUGUAACUUGUUCAAUAAAACUAUUGCGAAACAAAUAAAAGACCUUUAAAGCAAAUGAA